UGGCAGUGAAUGUAGACGCUUCCUGGUUUCCGCACGGACAGUUUUCUUCGCUGCACCGAGAGCGGUGCACCGGCGGACGCGCUCCCCCAGUCAGCCCUGCAGCUCUCUGGGAAGGCGGUCCAAGCUGCCAUGAAGAUGGCGGUGGAGGGCCCGUGUGUCCUGCGGGACCUGCUGGGCUCCGAGGCCGAGCCGGGCUGGAAGGACGAGGAGCUGUGCGUGGUGGGGGUAUUCGGUAAGACCGCCAUGCUGCAGGGGAGCUGGGAGAAAUGCCGCCUGGUCAACUCGCUGUGUGACCGCCAUGUCUUCCCCCUCUUCUACCGCGCGGCCGAGCGGGGCCGGGAGCGCAGCCUCUUCCAGGCUUACUACGAGCAGGACUCCCGGGUGCUGUACCUGCUGCUCACCGGGGUGAGUGACUCGGGCCAGCUGUGCCGGGCCUGCGAGGAGCUGAGCCAGGGAGUGUCCCACGCAGAGGCCCACGAGUGGUGGAAGGACGAGGAGAAGCUGUACUGCAUGCACCUGCUCUACCUGUUCUCGGUGUGCCACAUCCUGCUGCUGGUACACCCCACCUGCUGCUUUGAUAUUGCCUAUGAGAAGCUGUUCAGGGCAUUGGACAGUCUGAGACAGAAAGUGCUACCCUCCCUGAAAGCUCCACUCAAGGACUGUGCAGUGGGGUUGGACUGGAAACUCAAUGCCAGGCCAUGCCCCCCGAGGCUCCUCUUUGUUUUUCAGCUCAAUGGGGCACUCAAGGUAGAGGCCAGGGGACCUGGACAACCGGUCCCGGAGAAACCCAAAAAGCAUUCGCCCAAAAGAAGGCUGCAGCAUGCUUUGGAAGACCAGAUUUAUCGCAUCUUUAGGAAGAGUCGAGUACUAACCAACCAGAGCAUCAACUGUUUGUUUACGGUUCCUGCCAACCAGGCUUUUGUUUACAUUGUGGCAGAACAGGAUGAAGACCCCAUUGGAAUGUUGCUAGAAGGCCUGAGACAUAACUGCACUUUAAAAGAGAGUGAAACAGUGGUGCCCGUGUCUGGUCCCAGGCGCUUUCAAAUGAUGAGGCACACUCGUCAGUUGUCUUUUACUGUUGAAAGUAAUACAAAUGUGUCUGGCCAGUUGGUGGACUGUACCUUGAGGGAAUUCCUCUUCCAACAUGUAGAGCUGGUUUUGACCAAAAAGGGUUUUGAUGACAGUGUUGGUAGAAACCCACAGCCAUCUCAUUUUGAACUUCCCACUUAUCAGAAAUGGGUUGCUGUGGCUUUGAAAUUAUAUGAAAUAAUAAUUGAAAAUAAAGAUGAUGAUCCUCCUGCGUUUCCAGGUGCUUUUCCUCCUAAACUCUUGGCUAACAUGAAAGUAUUGGAAGGUUAUUUAGAUGCUGAUACUAAGUUUUCAGAAAAUCGGUGCCAAAAAGCUCUACCUAUGGCACAUAGUGCCUAUCAGUCAAAUCUGCCCCAUAAUUAUACCACAACAGUACACAAAAACCAACUGGCACAAGCCCUAAGAGUGUAUAGCCAACAUGCACGUGGGCCUGCAUUCCAGAAAUAUGCUAUUAUCCUUAAUGAAGAUUGUUAUAAAUUUUGGAGCAGUGGGCACCAGCUAUGUGAAGAAAGAAGUUUGACAGAUCAGCAUUGUGUGCACAAAUUCCACUUGCUGCCAAAAUCAGGAGAAAAAAUUGAACCUGAGAGAAAUCCUCCUAUUCUUUUUCACAAUAGUCGGGCACGUUCAACUGGCAGCUGCAACUGUGGAAGGAAGCAAGCACCUCGUGAAGAUCCAUUUGACGUUAAAAGUGCCAAUUAUGAUUUUUAUCAGAUACUGGAAGAGAAAUGCUGUGCAAAGCUUGAUCAUAUCGAUUUUCCAAUAUUUCAACCAAGCACACCAGAUCCUGCACCUGCAAAGGAUGAAGCCUCUACAGUUCCCCAGGAAGGAGAGGUGGAAGUGGAAAAGCUGACUGUCAAGGAACCGCAAACACAGGGAGAAAGUACUAGCCUAAGUUUGGCUCUUAGCUUGGGCCAGUCAACUGACAGUCUUGGAAAUUAUCCAGCUGAUGCUCAUGCUGGAGGUGACAAUGCAGAUCCUGUGCCAGCAGGACAGGAGAAAAGGGAAAAAAGACCAAGUUUAACCGAUCGUCAGGUAUCAACUGUGGAAUACCUCCCUGGAAUGAUGCAUUCCAAUUGUCCAAAAGGUCUCUUACCCAAAUUCUCAAGUUGGGCCUUAGUAAAACUUGGGCCUGCUAAAUCUUACAACUUUCACACAGGUUUAGACCAGCUUGGCUUCAUCCCAGGCACUAAUUAUUUGAUGCCAUGGGACAUUGUUAUCCGCACAAAAUCAGAAGAUGACGGGGACUUAGACAACAACUCUUGGCCAGCACCUAAUAAAUCUAUUCCUGGAAAGAGGAGUGCAGUGGUUAUAGGCAGAGGUCGGAGAAGAGAUGACAUUGCAAGGGCCUUUGUUGGUUUUGAAUAUGAGGAUUCCAGAGGACGCAGAUUUAUGUGCUCUGGACCAGAUAAAAUUAUGAAGGUUAUUGGUAAUGGGCCAAAGGAAUCUGCAGUCAAAGCAUUGAACAGUGACAUGCCCUUAUAUAUGCUAUCCCCUUCUCAGGGUAGAGGACUUAAACCUCAUUAUGCACAGCUGAUGAGACUCUAUGUUGUGGUUCCAGAGGCUCCUUUGAAUAUUGUAAUGAAUCCUCAGGUGCAACCUGGUCCACCUCCUUGCUCUGUGUUCUAUCCUGAAAAGCAGGAAAUCACUCUACCUUCUGACGGACUGUGGGUUCUGAGAUUCCCUUAUUCCUACGUAACUGACCGAGGCCCAUGUUACCCUCCAAAGGAAAACCAACAGCUGAUGAGCUGCAAGGUUAUGAGAGGGAUCUUGAAGAUGGUCAAUCCGUAAAGCAUACACUUUCUGACUAACUCAGCAUCAGUUCCCUCAUGUAAAGUCUAUCUGUGAGGGUUCUUUGUGUCCAUGCGGGAGAUCCAUAAAAUCUUUGUUGACUGGUUGUCAUUGAGGUUGGUGACAUGCAGCAGCUUCAGACUCUCCCUGCAUGAGUGAUAGCAGAGCUGACCAGUCCAAUGCUGAGAUGGUUAAAGCAGAACUGUCACUUCCCUUGAAUUUUCAUCAUUGAAUAACACAUUUGUCUACAGUUUAAAAGAAAACAAAGUAUAAUUUAACAAAAAGUUGACAAAAGUUUUAAAUGAUUUUAAAAGGUUUAGCAAGUUACAUUAUUGUCCAGGCACUGUCAGAGCUUAAAAAGGCAACAUGUAUGCUGAAGAUUGACAGGGAUCCAAAAUGGAGACGCCCAGUUCCAGGAUAAAAGUGUUGAUUUCUAUAUUCAUUUUUAUUUUUCAGAACCAAAAAAUGAUAUAUGCUAAACACAGGAAAUAAGUAGAGAUACUGUUAGACAUCAUUGGAAGUGAUAGUUGACUGUUAUGCUGCCCACCCCAGCAAUAGUGUCUUGGAUCAACAGCGUGCAGCACUUGCUUGUCCUGAAAGCUGGUAUGAAGAGGACUCAGUGUUUUCAGUCUGCUUCCUCCCUGCUGUUAGUGGAGGAAAGAGCAGGGACAAAGAUGCAUAUUGCUGCACUGGCAGCAUUACAUAGACCAGCAUCUUUUCUUGCAUUAGUGGACUUGUCUGGCAGGUGAAUUUCAUGUAUUUUUUUUCAAACACUUUCGGUGAUAUGGCACCCACAAAUGGAUUUAAAGGUUUCACUGUAUGCACUAUAUGGUGUCUGUAAAAUUGUGAGUGUAUCUAUGAAAGUUUUUAAGAGUGUUUGAAGGUGUCUGGAAUUGUAUCCGUGAGAAAGCAGGAAUGUUUGUAUAUGUUAGUGUUUGUAAGAGCAUCUGGUGAGUCUCUGCAAGUCUGAGCCUCUGAGAGUUUGAGAGCAUUUGCAGGUGUCUGUGUUUGUGUAAGUACCCUCUGCGAAAGUUAAGCAUUAUACAUUUGAAUGUUCACUCAUCCAUACUUAUUAUUUUAAUAUUAAAAGGGCAUUUUUUAUAGGUGUGCCUUGAUUAUACUUGUGCCAUUAAAAUGUGAUUCGUCCCAAAAUUGCUUGCAAACACUGAUCUAGAUAAUGGCUUUAAUUACAAAACUUAAACAGUUUUGUGUCCUCAAGUGAGAUCUUAAUUAGAUUAGAUUUGUUUCCCUCUUUGGAAUCAUGUCCAGGUCAUGCACAAUAUAUAACAAUUUGUUAUUUUCAUGAUGUCAUACAAUCAGAUGUUAUUAGUGACUUAAGAUAUUCACAUUAAUUAUAUUAAAAUUGAAUUAUGAAAAAGCCAGUUUACAUCGGUGCAAUUAUCAGCUUUUCUAAUUUGCUAGAGGAAUUGGCUGGUACAUGGUACAUGUGAGUAGAGCCCCGUCCUAUUUUGAAAAAUAAUAAAGGAAAUGCUUAAUCUAAAAACCAUUAGAUUUCUACUGGUUUAUUUCAGUUAUCACAAAUUGGAAAAUAAAAUGUCUAUGACUAAAUGCUUUUAUAAAAUGUCUAUCUAAUAUAAAUGUAUUAUGCAGUGCACACCCCCAGGAGCAAAGGAUAGAGUGUGCGUUUUUAUAUAUAAUGUUUCUACUUGCCAUUGGUGAGUGUGACAUAGAUCCUCAAGUCAUGAAGUGGCCAGUAAAGGUAAGGACUUCUACAUGGCUGUAGCAGCAGACAGGCAGCAAUUUAAUAGAGCUCAUAUUUUCUAUAACAAUAAUAAAGGAUUUAUAUAGUGCUAUGACUAAACAUCUGUAUUCCUAACACUAUAGUGCCCUCUGGUCCCCAUGUCACUCACGCCCCCCUCUGGCAUAUCAUAUUUUUAUUUUUUUUUUUUUAAAGGCUUUAUUUACUUACCCAAUUCCAGCGCUGACGUCCCUCAGCACUUUGCAUCCUCCAACUUCAGUAAUGUUUUCCUUUGGGGAUUUCACUUGACACUGGGUGUCCUCAUGCAUAAGGAACCUAGAGUCUGGUAAACUCUCGGAAGCACCUAUACUGGCUGCCUGGUAGACAGCCACUAGAGACUGUCUUAGUACUACAGUGUACACAUUGCAGUUUCUAAAAAUGAGCUGAAGUGGUCUGUGUGCCUAUAGUGUCCCUUUAAAGAAAAAGUUAACCGUGUAUUUAUAAUUGAUUAGUUCCAAUAUAUUCGUAUGUUACGGUUGGCACAUCCUAUCCCACAUCUCUAUCCAUGGCUUAUGCUUAGACCGUGAAGUUGUCGUACUCAGGAGUUAAGCCUUGUAACUUUCUACACUGUGUUCAGUAUACUAUAUUUGUUGUGGAUACUGUAUUGUCCUUUUAUGUACUGUACAGUCAGUCUGAAAAAAUCCAUUGACCUAAUGUUACUUGGAUCCCUAUCUUCUCGUCUGGCUAUUAAACAACACCUUAGCCUUGGUUUAAAUAUAUUUAGCCUUUAUUUACUGAACUCUAAAAUUUUGUAAUUUGAAAUCUGAAUGGCAAAAUUAAGACUAAAUCAGCUACUUUUGCUUAAAAUUUGGCCGUUUUUUAAUGUAAUAUAAUUUGGAGCUUCUGGAGUAAUCAUAUUUGCUUACUGUAUCCUUGUCUCUUUUACCAGUUUUGAUAAUGGCUUGUGUCGGGUUGAUUUUGAUUCAAAGAGAUUAUAUAGCCGUUUUCAUUGCAGCACCAAGUGCAAAAGGGACACUACACCCAGAUCACUUUAAUCAGCUGAAGUGGUCUAGGUGCCUAUAGUGUCCCUUUAAUUCAUGAUUUAAAUCGCUAGUCAGUAAUGCUAUUUGAACAUGCACUUUUUCACAGCAAGGAUAUUCUAAAAUACACAUACAAAGUUCAGAAAAAUACUUUAAUACCAUUGUUAUUCUGCAAAUCUGUGCACACACAAUGAUCACCUUAACGCAGCCUUCAGCUCUCCAGAUGUGGAUUACAUCUCCCCUGUUAAUUUGAGAGUGUUAUGGAAGACCCAGUCCACAACAUCUUGGGUUCCGAAUGCUGCCUAUCCCUGCCCUUAUUCAUGUUGAAUAACCUUUGGACUAAAAUGUAACUUAAAUGAAUAAUAAAAUAAAAAAUACAUUGUUUGUAGUGCU